AUGGGUCGCCAACCGUUUCUCACCCGCCUAGCGUUGGGUCGAUCCCCCUUUGAACCGAGCGCAUCGAUUUCCAAAUCAUCCGAAUAUGUACAGAUAGAUCCUUCGCAAAGGAAUGUGCCACUUGAGGCUCGUGAACCCAGUAGCAACCGCUACGUGCAGCUUUUCGAUGAACGGGGAAACGCGAUCAACCCUAGGGCACACGAGCAUGGGCGACGGCUUCGACAAGCACAGAAUGAUGUGCUAUCCGCGAUUGGAGUCGUUCACAGACGACGGCGCCCUUCGGAAGGAUUGCCUGGCGCCUACGAGCACCGUAUAGCGCAGCUGGACAUGGAAGAUUCUACGGGAAAUACUAUUGCUCUUUCAUCGACUCUGACAGAGAACCUCUGUACAUGGUGGAUUGGCUCAUUACGAGAUCGGAUAUUGACGUUUCGGCUAGAAUCCGCUUUGCCUCUCUACCAGGUUGUUCCUUUGCUCAGCCAACAACCACAUAGCCAGCUCGUUUACACGGGCUUCGCUGCGCGACUUGUGUCCACUAUAAGUGUCCAAUUCUCGGUCUACUUUGUAGUCAUGUUUCGACCUCUUGAUCGCCUCGUGGUCAAAUUCAAGGCAGCGUCACGGACAAGGCGGUUGGUUCGACGAUGGAAAAGUACAACGCGGACCAUGUUCCGGCUGUUCGUUGAAGUGUUCUUCUAUCCACUGACCUACCACGCUCAUCUACAGCGCAUGGGACUUGUUCCAGCGAGACCUCUGCUCCCACCAUUGUCAGCUUUCGUGCCCUUCUCCGCCGCUUCACCAUUACGAUCUCCUGAAAUACCGUCAGGAUCAUCUCCCUCCAUAAUCUCCAGCAUCUUGAGGCAGGUUCUAUUGUCACCAUUGCUACUUGUCUGCCUGGAGCAUAUGCUCGAACGUCGAAUCUACGCGCUGGUGUAUGAAGCUAUCGAGACAGGCAUUAAUCGCCCUACUAAUCCCGAUCUGAUAUCUGCAGAUGCCGAUGCAAAGGAAAGAGCCAGCGAACUCCUCGGGCUCAGGCGGAGAUCUCCAAAGUGGCUUCGGAACGUUAUCAAUAAGGGUCUGGCCGCUAUAGGUUGGGCACCUGCAUCACGAACUCGGACACAGUCUGGCAACCUGUAUUCUUCUGUCCAGGCAUACCAAGAUCCCGAUCUUCAAGAGGUCUCUAGAUCCCGAGUUGUGGAGGAUACUAAUGGUGCUGAACAUGAACACCCCAAUGUACCAGCUAGCAACUCCACCAUGCAAGGCCGUAUGCACUCCGACCAACAGUACGGAGGUGCAACUUCCACCGGUUCGGAUCUAGGUAAUGAUCUGAAUGAUCCGACAAUACGAAUAACGUCUAGAGACAGCAUUGUAGAGAUGGAGGUGCGGUUUCCCGCUCAGGUGCUAUCAACACAUACUGAGAUUGCGGAGGAUUUCCCGCUCAUUGCUGCUCAACAAUCCGAAGUUGGAGUCACCCGAGAAGAUUCGCGCACCAAAAAGCGACAUCGAGUAACGCAGUUGUCUAUAGAGCCGGCGCAGAUGCUUGGCGCCAUCUGCAAGGCUCAAAUAGUAGCAUGGACCAUUCUUCCACUAAAGCUUGUCACGUUGCGUUCGAUUGCUGGUCAUUACCUUGCCAGCAACAUGGGCAAUGGCACCUCCCCAUCGACAAUGCUUCAGCAUCACCUGCCAGUAGCGUCCAUUGGGCUCACUCCCUUCGAUGUCCAUACCACAUGGGCCCUACUCUCUCGAGUAGUUCUAUGUGCAGGACUGGAAUUCGUCAUCGACAUCAGCCUAUGGGGGCUUCAAUGGAUAGCAGUGACCACUGUAGGUAAGAAAUACUUCGGCUGGGGAACUUUGUGA